UCACACUAUAGAAAUGGCAAAGAUACAGGCGAUUUUAACAUGCCAAGGAAGAGGAAUACACAGACGAAGAUCUCGUUCUUCUCUCUCAGGAUCACGCUAUAUAUUGACCAUUGCUUUCUUCCGAUUCGAACCUUUGGUUAUCAAACACCAUGGCUCGAAUCUUCAUCUUGUGGCUUCACGGUUUGGGAGAUUCUGGACCUGCCAAUGAACCUAUCCAAACACAAUUCAAAUCCCCGGAACUGAAGAACACUAUGUGGCUCUUCCCUUCUGCUCCAUUCAAUCCGGUUACUUGCAACAAUGGUGCGGUGAUGCGUUCUUGGUUUGACGUCCCUGAACUUCCUUUUAAAGUGGGAUCUCUAAUUGAUGAAAGUAGCGUGGUUGAAGCAGUUAAGAGCGUGCAUGCUAUUAUAGACCAGGAGAUUGCAGAAGGAACCAAUCCAGAAAACGUUUUUAUCUGUGGAUUAAGCCAAGGAGGAGCAUUAACUUUGGCUAGUGUUCUUCUUUACCCAAAAACUCUUGGAGGAGGAGCAGUCCUAAGCGGAUGGGUUCCAUUCAGUUCUUCAAUCAUCAGUCAGUUUCCCCAAGAGGCUAAGAAGACACCAAUCUUGUGGUCUCAUGGCACUGAGGACACAAUGGUACUCUAUGAAGCUGGUCGAGCUGCUAUUCCUUUUCUCAAAGAAGCGGGUGUUACCUGUGAAUUCAAGUCAUACCCUGGUCUCGGGCACUCGAUCAGCAAUAAGGAGCUGAAGUAUAUAGAGUCAUGGAUUAAGAGACGGUUGAAGAGUUCGUCGCCUACUUGUCUUCAACUUAAUUGUCUUAAGGAAAUGUUCCAGUCAAGCUAAUAAUUAUAACUACAUGUCGUCUAUGAAGACAAGAAGAAGAUUGACAAUUCUAAGCUCAUCCUCUGGUUUGGUCUCUGGAGUUUGUGAUUGUAUUGAUUUGAAAACUAUGUAUAUGCAAACAUUGGACUACAUUUGCAAUCUUGAGAGUAUGAUGAAAAACAUAAAACAUAGCCAAAGUCUUCUAAAGAAUUUGACACUGGGGACAUUUUAGUCAUU